AUGGCUAAUUCAAAUCCCUCUCCCAGCCAAGACCCAACCCCAGAACUCAAUCACGAUUGCUCGCCAUGGAUACUAAGCAGUCAGUGCGCUUCGGAUCUGUAUGAAGCAGGAGUUAAGCUCUGGAGAACGGAAGAUUUAGUAGAUAUUGAGGCACAACUGGCACGGUCCUUCGAGAUCGAAUAUUUCACAGCACGCCGUAUUGAUGGCGUCGUAGCCCGCAUAAAGAAUCCAAUGUAUAGGGUUCAAAAUCCCAUUUGGGCUCCACGUCUCAAAACUCAAGGAUAUUGGAAGCUUGUAGCAAUCAAACCAGAUGGUCCUCCAGAGACAUAUCUAUGCUCCUAUCUACUGGGUUGGAGAAACCAAACUCCCCUAAGGUAUGAAGGGGUGAUAGAGCAUAGCAAAUCGCUUUUCGAGACAAGGCGACAAUCAUGGAACAACAGCAUCACUUGCGACUUGUUCAGAGCACAGCUCCAACGGCUACUGAGUACCGGUAAGCGAAGGAUAACAAAGGUUGUAUGCUUUGGCCUUGGUGAUAUAGUCACCAAAACUAGUGAAUGGGAAUUGAGCCGUGGGCGCGACACGGAACAACCAGUCUCGGAAACAAGAGUCGUCGAAAAAGGUUUGAUGCAACAUGCUAUGGCUUUAACAAUGGCAGAAGUAAUUCGUCACCACACGGGGGUCUCCGUCGAACUGAAAGCUCAGGAUCCGAGGUAUCGCGAGCAGACAAAUGAUAUUCUAAGCGAAAAUAGCUUCCAAAUUAUAGGCAAGUAUGGGGCAGGUGGCUUCGCAGAAAUCGAUGAGGAUACCCUUGUAUUCACUGCCUUCCCGGCGGUCGCCAUUAGUGAAGUUAUUGCCGAUAUUGCGCGUCCAGCAUUGGUUAUUACGUCCGGUGGCGUCCAGACGUUCAGUGGUCAUUUCGAGGUGUUUUCGGACGCAGAGACUCCCCGUACAAGGCAGAUGUGGAGUGAGUAUAGUGUCUCGCAUUUUACUGUACCAUCGACCGAGAUGAAGGCUUUCAGCUAUUUGACCCAAAUGAGUAUACGCACUAGAAUGCCGGCGGUUGAAGGAGCGCGAUAA